CACCGCCCCUCGUGUGACGUUGAGGCUAGCGACUCCUCAGAAAGUAAACAUGACAGACAGGUGAAACAAACGGCAAAAUGGUCUUCGAGAGCGUGGUGGUGGAUGUCCUCAAUCGCUUUCUGGGGGACUACGUUGUCAACCUCGACAGCUCGCAGCUGAAGCUUGGCAUAUGGGGCGGUGAUGCUAUUCUUAAAAAUCUUGAAAUAAAGGAAAAUGCCUUAAGCCAACUUGACAUUCCUUUUAAAGUGAGAGCCGGUCAUAUAGGACGGCUGCAGCUUAAGAUUCCAUGGAAGAACCUGUACACCCAGUCAGUGGAGGCGACGCUGGAUGGCGUCUAUCUGCUCAUAGUGCCCACAGCAAGUAUAAAGUAUGAUGCAGAAAAGGAGGAGAAGCAGCUCCAGGAGGCUCGUCAGAGGGAGCUACAGCGGAUAGAAGAGACAAAGCUAAAGGCUGCUGAGCAAGAAAACCCUAAGCUUGAAAAACAGGACACUUUUGUGGAAAAACUUGUCACUCAGGUCAUCAAAAACCUACAAGUGAAGAUCUCGAACAUCCACGUGCGAUAUGAAGAUGAUGUCACAAAUCCAAACUGUCCUUUGUCUUUCGGAGUGUCACUUCAAAACCUCAGCCUUCAGACAGCUGAUAAGAACUGGAACCCCAGUCUUCUGGAUGAGAAUGCCAGGCUUUUCUUCAAGCUGGUUCAACUAGACAGUUUGUUUGCCUACUGGAACGUCAACUCCUCACUUUUCUCCAAUCACAGUCCAGAUGUAGCCUUGCAAAGCCUUCAGAACAGCGUGAAAAUAAAGAACUCCAUUCCUGUCAACCAUGACUUCAUUUUCCGUCCAAUCUCUGCGGAUGCUAAACUGAGAAUGAAUCCCAGGUCAGAUGUAGACUUCUCCUCUCCUAAAGUGGACCUUAUGGUUAAUCUCAGUGAGGUGGCCAUCGAACUAAAUAGACCUCAGUACAUUAGCAUCUUGGAGCUGCUGGGCUCAGUGGAUAUGAUGUCUCGAAACCUUCCAUAUAGGAAGUACAGACCUGCUGUCCAUGCUCGACACAAUGCUCGUCUAUGGUGGAAGUACGUGAUCACAGGCAUACUUGAGGUGGAUGUAAAGCCACGUCUGCACAUGUGGUCAUGGCAACACAUUCAACGCCACAGACGGAUGGUAAAAUCCUACAGAGAGCUCUAUAAGACAAAAAUCACCAGCAAGAAACCCUCUGACCAGCUGCUCAAGCAACUGGAGGAACCUGAGAAAACCUUGGAUAUUUUUAACAUCACACUGGCCAGACAGCAGGCUGAAGUGGAAGCGAGCAAGGCGGGGCUGCGUAUUUUCCGUCCAGGAUUGAAGAUGGAGGAAGAGGAGUCUCAGGGUUGGCUGAGCUGGGUGUGGGGCUGGGGAGGAGAGGCUGCUCAAACACAAAAAGAGGUCAAGACUGGAGGUUUCGAUGAGCUGUUGACCCCUGCUGAGAAGGCCAAACUCUACACUGCCAUUGGAUACAGUGAAACUGCUGCUAAUCCCAACCUGCCAAAGAAGUUUGAGGACAUGAAGGUCAAUUUCCACAUGGAGAGACUCUCUGUGUCCAUUAAAGACAAGAAGGACAAGAAUGAGAUCAUCAAACUGACUGUGGGAGAGCUCAAGUCUACACUCACACAGAGAUCUGGAGCACAGGCCCUCAAACUCACAGCUCAGCUUAGUUUGUUUGAGGUCACUGGUCUGGGUAAUAACAAGCCAGCACCAACCCUCCUUUCAUCAAGAAAAGCAGCCACAGUGACAGGGACGCCGCUGCUCUCCAUCCUGUUUGAGACCAAUCCACUGGACGGGGGUGCUAACCAGCGGCUUCAUGUAGAAUCACAGCCCCUGGAAAUCAUUUAUGAUGCUGCAACAGUGAACGGCAUGUCGGCAUUUUUUAUGCCUCCUGAUGACCUGCAGCUGGAUGAGCUCACCAAUGCGACCCUGAUGAAACUGGAGCAGUUUAGAGACCGCACAGCCACUGGUCUAAUGUACGUGAUAGAAACACAGAAAGUGCUGGACCUGAAGGUGAACCUGAUGGCCUCAUACGUAAUCAUUCCACAGACUGGCUUCUACAACGGCACCCAAAAUAUUCUACUGUUGGAUCUUGGACAUUUCAAGAUGUCAAGUCAAAGCAAGAAGCAUCUGCCACAGUUGUCAGCAUCCUCCAGUGACAUAAACGACAUCAUGUCCAGGGCAUAUGACAGAUUUGACGUACAACUGAGCAGCCUGCAGUUCCUUUUCAGCAAACCAGAUGGUGACUGGAAAAUGGCCCGUAAACAGAAGCAGUCACCUCUACACAUCCUGGAACCAGUGGAUGUAACAGUGGUUUUCAGCAGAGCAAUGGUUGUGACGGACUCUCGUAUGGCAAAGUAUAAGAUGUCUGGAAAACUUCCUCUGUUGUCUCUUCGUAUUUCUGAUGAUAAGCUUCGCAGUGUUUUGGCACUUGUGGAAAGUAUUCCACUGCCUGAGAACAGAUCUUCUGCACGUACUGCUGCAUCCUCCAGCACAAAGCCAAAGUCGUUCACCCCCCAGCUCACUCCUAGAAGACCUUUGAAUUUAGCCAACCAGCGCUCCUCCAUCAUUUUUGAGUCAUGUGAGACAAUUAGCAUCACGUCUUUGGGGUCAGAGGAAGAUUUGUUCUAUGAUGCUCCCAGCUCUCCUGUUGGUGAUCGACCAUUCUUUCCAGACAAUCCCAUGCCAUUGCGCUAUGCGGAUCUACAUAAAAAAAGUCUGGCCAAGGAGGACUCUCAGAAAAACAUGACUGACUUCAUUAUGGAGUUUAAAAUUGAACAGUUUUCUGUUCAACUGUGCCGCCUGUCUGGGGAUAAGGAGAUCCCAGUGCUCCACUUGCAUAUAGAGAUUCUGGGCACAGAGCUGAUCCUGCGUACCUUUGACAUGACCUCAAACACAUACCUUCAAGAAAUCUGCCUCAAGUGUCCUGAGUACAUUGAUUCUGAAGACAAACAAGUUCAGCUGAUCACCACUCUAGACAACUCAAAAGAUGACAGGCUCACCCUGGAAUAUGUCAAAGCUGACAAGAAUGGUCCCGAGUUCAGGUCUCUGCACAAAAACACAGAGCAGCUAAUCAAGGUGACCUUCUCAUCCCUGGAUGUGCAUCUCCACACAGAGGCCCUUCUCAACACUAUCAAUUUCCUAAACAACCUCCUUCCUCCAUCGACUAAGAAGGAAGAAGCACAGGGGGAGCUUCCCCCCAUCCCUGAAGAGGAUGACGCCGAAGCAGAGAGGGAGGAAGAGAGGAAGGGGGAAGUUACUGGAACCAGGAAGAAACGUUCAAAGAGUUCAAAGUAUGCAGAUGUGGUGAAUCUGCAUAUUGAGGCUAAUCUCCAGUGCCUACAGAUUUUCAUUAGAGGAGAGAAGGCCAGGAUCUCAGAGAUUAGCAUUGAAGGUCUGGAUUCUAAGGUUUUGAUGAGAAAGAAAGAGAUGGAAAUUCGGGCCAAACUGAAGAACAUUGUGAUCUUAGAUUGUGACAAAGAUGCCCUUUACAAGAAGGCUGUGUCUAUAGCCGAUAAGGAAGUGUUUGACUUCCACAUGAUAAACUACACCGAUGCAACAGAAGGAGACGCCUAUUUGGACAUGUCUAAUGUCGAUACCUUUGUCUCUCUGACGGUUGGUUGCAUUCAGGUCAUCUUCCUCAACAAGUUUAUCUCCUCCAUACUGGCAUUCAUCAAUAACUUCCAGGAGGCCAAAGCAGCCCUGGCUGAGGUGACAGUCCAAGCUGCAGAAAAGGCAGCCACGGGUGUAAAGGAGCUGGCAGAGCGAAGCAGCCGCAUCGCGCUGAUUGUGCACUUCAAUGCACCUGUCAUCUUCCUCCCCCAGUCCUCCUCCUCAUCAAAUGUUGUUGGCGCUGACCUUGGUCAGUUGUCCAUCAGAAACCAUUUUGCUAAGCAGCCCUUUAAAGGUGUUGCUAACAUCCCACCUGUUGUGGAUAUUAUGACUGUGAAGCUGACUAAUCUCAAGAUGUACAGAACCACAUACAAAAAUGAUGGUUUCCAGGGAGAGAUCCAGCUACUGAAGCCUGUCAGCCUGGACAUAGAAAUCCAAAGAAAUCUUUCAUCCAAUUGGUACCACAUCAUACCUGACAUACAGAUCACGGCUCAUCUUAAGCCCAUGAGUCUGAUCCUCAGUCAGGAUGAUAUGAUUGUUGUCCUGAGGACUCUAAGUGAGAACCUGUCAGAGAAGUCUGAUGCUCUUCAACCUUCAGGUCCUCCUCCCAUCACUGACCCCUCCUCUGACUCUGGAUCCAACAAAGGAUCCCAAGGAUCUGGAAUCACUGGACCACCAAGUGGUAACACAGUUGUCAUAGCCGCUGUAGUGGAAACUCAGAAAAACAGCAAGCUGAAGAGCACUCUCAGACUAGACUUCAAGUUUGACUCCAUGACGCUGGCCCUGUACAGUCCUAAUGUGAAUGAGAUACAGCUGGACUCACACGAUGAGCAGCUGAAGCUGGCAGAGUUUACUCUGGGCACCAUCUCUACAUCGGUCCACAUGUUCUCAGACAGCUCCAUGAAGGCUUCAGUCCAACUCUCAGCCUGCCUUCUAGAUGACAAGCGACCCAAAAUAAAGAUGGUCACCCCAAGGAUGGUGGCCAUGCGUCCUGGGGCCGAACAGAACAUGAUGGUGGAGGUGAACUACCGUCAGGGCCGUGACGGCACCAUCUUGGAGACAGUUGUGCAGGAUGUGUAUGUGUGUGCCAGCAUGGAGUUCCUGCUCACAGUGGCAGACAUCUUCCUGAAAGCCACUCAGCAGGGUUUUGCAGAAGUACCACAAUCUAAGAACAGCACUGUAGAGAAAAAGAGCAUUAACUCCUCUGUCACAUCGAAAGAGUCCAGUCCAGCUGUGGUGUCAAAAACCGAGAUUUCUGUUUUGGUGCGUAACCCAGAGAUUGUGUUUGUGGCUGACCUGACGCGUGCUGAUGCCCCUGCCCUAGUAAUGACCACGCAGUGUGAACUGCUGAUGAAAAGUGGAUCCGAGGGAUCACUGAUGACAGCUACUAUCAAUGACCUCAAGGUUCUUGCAUGUCCCUUCCUGAGAGAAAAGAGGAAAAACAAUGUGACUACAGUGCUACAGCCGUGUCAGGUGUUCUUCCAGAGUACACAGUCUGCAACUUCCCCUCAGGCAAUGGAGGUCUCCAUCAAUGCUCUCACACUAAAGGUGUCUCCAAUCAUCAUCAACACAGUUAUAACUAUCCAGUCAGCACUAACUCCAACAGCAGAAACACCGGAAGAACUGGAGAGUCCUGUUUCUGGGGACCUAUGGGAGAAACAAGGCUGGAAAGAACUCAAGUUCUGGUUCUUGGAGGAAGAGGGAGAUGAAGUCACAAAAUCUCUAAUCCCACUGAAACCACAAGGAGAGUCAUUACAGGUGACCAUCAAAUCAAUGUGUCUAACUCUGGAGGCGGGUGUGGGGCAUCGUACUGUCCCCAUGCUUCUGGCAAAAUCUUCGUUUAGUGGAGAUGUCAAAAACUGGUCCACCUUAAUUAAUUUGCACAGCGAGCUCAACCUGGAGGUUCACUAUUACAAUGAGGUGAUGGGAGUGUGGGAGCCCUUACUGGAACCAUUAGAAGAUGAAACAAGAGAUGGAUUCAGACCAUGGAAACUGGCACUGAAGAUGAAGAAGAAGCAAGUGAUGUCCACAGGACAGUCAGAUGAAGUGGAUUACAGUGUUCCAGACUACAAGACAACUAUUACCAUCAGCAGUGUCGACCAGCUCAACAUCACCAUCUCAAACUGCGGACUGGCCAUGCUGAGUAACCUGGGCACGGCAUUUGCAGAGGCUGCCAAGCAGACAUCUGAGAACUUCCAGAAAGAUGAAGCUCCAUUCGUGGUGAAAAACCGCCUGGGCCUUCCCGUGUCCAUCCUCCACAGUGAGAUGUUCUGUCCCAUCGGCCAGCAGAGCACCAACCGCACUGUGACGCUCCAGGAUGGAGAAACCCUUCGAAUGGACUAUUCCACCACCCAUUCUGACCAGUUCUCAGCCAUGAUCUCUUUGAGUGGGAAGGACUACUUCAUAAAGCCGACUCCGGUGGGCCACACCUCAGCCAGUGUUAUUCCCCUGAUCAAGAUGGGCAGGGGAAUGUACAGUGUAAUGCACAAAGACUCGGGAGUCACUCGGUUCCUGGUCUGUCAGAUUUACUCUGUCGAGGGCAGCAAGUACAUCAAGAUCCGCUCUCCUUUCCAGAUCAUCAAUCAUUUCUCAAUACCAUUCAAAGUUUAUGAAGGCUCAGCGUAUCUGGGUACAUCUCUACCUACUGAGGAGUUCUGUGUGCCUCUGGACUCCUAUAGGUCUGAGCUGAGUCUUCAGCCAAUAACUGAAGGUGACGCUGACAAUCAGAGUGGGCAGUUUGAGGUUUCAGACGGAUUCAGUUAUGAAGACAUUAGUAACCAGCAGACUGAGAAACACUUGCAGCAGACCUGUCGUCGCCGUGGAAACCAGGGGGGUGUGAUGAUGAUCAACAUUGUGCCACUCAAGGAUUCGGUGACAUUCAAACACACAGGAGACGUGGGGGAGAACUUUGAUGUGCCCUUUGUGCUACACCUGUGGCCUUCCUUCCUGAUACGCAACCUUCUGCCCUACCCCAUCACCUACAAACUAAAGGACAGUGGCGUCUCAGCGCCUGAGGUAACCCUGGAACCUGGACACUCUGACCAGCUUCACACAGCAGUCAUCAACCAGUCAAGCUUGGAUCUCCGGCUGCUGAACUACUUGGCUCAGGACUGGUCCGCUGAGUACAGCCUGCGCAGUGACCAGGAAGAGAUCACAUUCAUCGUGUUCCACUCUCUACAACAUGAUGAUGAAGACUACGGUGAAGAGAUGAGAAACAGGCCUGAGUUAGACAUAUCGGUGCACGUCAAAUACGACCUAGGACAGACGGUGAUUGCAAUCCACUCGCCGUAUUGGAUGGUGAAUAAGACAGGCAAGUUGCUGCAGUACAAGGCUGAUGAUAUCCAUCGCAAGCACCCCUUGGACUAUGACAUGCCCCUGCUCUUCUCCUUCAAACCGCGACACUUCCUGCGAAACAAUAAGGUUCGCCUUAUGAUCUCUGACAGUGAACUCUCCGAUGAAUUCUCCCUGGAUACUGUUGGCAGCCACGGAGAUCUGAAAUGUAAAGGCAAAUACAAAGAUUACCUGGUCGGGGUGAAGAUUGACGCCAGCAGUUUCAGUCUGACCCGUAUUGUGACCUUUGUGCCCUUUUACAUGCUGGUAAACAGAACCAAACACACAGUCUUUGUAUGUGAGGACGGGCAGAACAACUGGACUGAAGCUCAACCAGAACAGUCAGUCAUUCCUUUCUGGCCUGAAAAUGACACAAAACGAGUGAAGAUCAAAGUAGAAGGUUGUUUAUUGCCACCUCGGGUUAUUGACUUCUCCAAACCAGAGAACUGCCUCCUGCUGCGCCUGGACAACUCUAUGGGCGGGAUAAUAGUAGAUGUGAGCCUGUCCGAGCACUCUGCUACUAUCCGAUUCUCUGAGUAUCACAGUGGUGCUGCCCCCUUCCUCAUCAUCAACCAUACAAAAAACCUUCUUCAGUUCAGUCAGAGCCCCAGGACAGAAACUACAUGGUUGACUGAAGAGCUACUCAGCCUCUCCUUCUCAGUGGAGGAGGACAGCUCUCAGAAGGAAGCGGAGCAGUCGGAGCUGGAGGCUGGGAAAGCUGUGAACUACACUUGGGCUGAACCCACUGGAUCUCGAGAACUCUUGUGGAAGUGUGGCCCUUACAAUGGAAAGCUGAAGAGUGAAGAGGAUCUACUCCAAAAUAUGAACAAUGAGGGGAAAUUGUUUGUGAUCUCCUUUUAUGAAGGUCUCCAGCGUAUUGUUCUCUUCACUGAGGAGCAACGCAUCUACAAGAUGAUCUCUGACAGCGAGAAGGCACAGCUGGCCGAGCAGGAAAUCACGCUGUCCCUGAAGAAUGUGGGCGUAUCACUGGUCAACAACAGCAGCAGUCAGGAGGUUUCCUUCAUUGGGAUAACAAGCUCUGAUGUGGUGUGGGAAUUAAAACCCAAGAAGAAAAACCGGUGGAAAACUCUGAGCACAAAAGAAGUGGAGAUGCUGGAGAAUGGCUACAAGCUCUACCUUGAUUCUGCACCCAUAGAUCAUGCUAUUGUGGACUUGGGAAAUGAUUUUCAGGUGUCUUUUACUCCCAGCGGCACAGAUAUGAGGAUGCUGCAGCCGUGUGAUGCCCCUCUCAGGAGGCACUUUCUGCCUGGAGUGAAAGUUGAAUACAGCGUCUCACCGCGACAGAGAGCCUAUCGUGUCCAAAUCCACCGCAUACAGAUCCAGAAUCAGCUGGCAGGGGCCAUCUUCCCCUAUGUUUUCUACCCUGUAAAACUGCCAAAGUCUAUUACCAUGGACUCAGAACCAAAACCUCUAACUGAUAUCAGCAUCGUUACCAGAGCAGCAGGCCACUCUAACAUUUCCCGCAUAAAGUAUUUCAAGGUGUUAAUUCAGGAGAUGGAUCUGAAGCUCGAUCUGGGCUUCUUGUACGCCAUCUUGGACCUGUUCACCCCUGAAAACGCCAGCGUCAUGAGCUCAGAACAGGAGGUGGAACUGUUUGAGAAGGACAUAACUUAUAUAAAGACAGAAGUAAACCACGUCUCCUCCGCUGACACUUCCCCAGUCAGCCUCUAUGAGUACUUUCACAUCUCCCCUAUAAAGUUGCACCUGAGUUUAUCUCUGAGCACAGGAGGAGAAGAUGGCUUAAAGGAGAAGAGAGAUGCAGAGUUCAUCCCUGUCCAGUCGCUCAACCUGCUGCUGAAGAGUAUUGGAGCAACUCUCACUGAUGUGCAGGAUGUAGUCUUUAAGUUAGCGUUCUUUGAACUGACCUUCCAGUUUUGUACCACUCAGCAGCUUCAGUGGGAAGUGAUCAGACAUUAUUCAAAGCAGGCUAUUAAACAGAUGUAUGUGCUGGUGCUGGGUUUGGAUGUGCUUGGAAAUCCAUUUGGACUGAUCAGAGGCCUGUCAGAGGGAGUGGAGGCCUUCUUCUACGAGCCCUAUCAGGGAGCCAUUCAGGGGCCAGAGGAGUUUGUUGAAGGGAUGGCCCUUGGCGUUAAGGCUCUGGUAGGAGGAGCAGUAGGGGGCAUAGCAGGCGCAGCCUCCAGGAUAACGGGCGCCAUGGCGAAGGGUGUCGCUGCCAUCACUAUGGAUGAGGAAUACCAGCAGAAGAGGCGAGAGGCUAUGAACAAACAACCCAGUGGCCUGAGAGAAGGGCUGACCAGAGGUGGAAAAGGACUGGUGUCUGGAUUUCUCAGCGGGAUCACAGGGAUUGUUACCAAACCUAUUAAAGGAGCCCAGAAGGAGGGGGCUGCAGGCUUCUUUAAGGGAAUGGGGAAAGGUCUGGUUGGUGCAGUAGCCAGGCCCACAGGAGGCAUUAUUGACAUGGCCAGCAGUACUUUCCAGGGGAUCAAGAGGGCAGCAGAGACUUCACAAGAUAUUGAAUCUCUUCGUCCUCCUCGCUUCAUCCAUGAGGAUGGUGUCAUACGGCCGUACAAGGAGAGGGAAGGCAUCGGCAGUCAGAUGCUCCAGAAAAUUGAGAAUGGACGUUUUGCCAAGUACAGAUACUUUGCUCAUGCCAAGGUCAAUGAAUCUGACUUCCUGAUGAUCACCAAGAGAGGCAUAUUUUUUGUGACCAAAGGCACAUUUGGCCAGCUGACCUGCGAGUGGCAGUAUCUGUUCGAAGAGUUCACUAAGGAGCCAAUUAUUGUAGAAGGCAGACGACUUCGGAUUGAGGCCAAGGAAAGAGUGAAGUCGGUCUUCCAUGCUAAGGAAUUUGGAAAGAUCGUAAACUUUAAAACUCCUGAGAUAGCCAAGUGGGUUCUUGCCAAAUUAGAGGAUGCAAGAGAGAAUUUACCCAAAUACUGAGUCAUCGAGAAGAUUAAGAAACGAUAUAAAAAAAGAAACGCACACUAAGUCUGUGUGUCAGUGCCUUUGUUGUUUACUGCAUGCUUGUUUUGUUUAGCUCCAUGUGCUCCAUGAGUAGAGCUGAGGAACCGGUGAUGCUGUAUGUGAACUGGUGGGUGUGUGAGUCUGUGUGUGCGUGUGUGGGAGGGAGUGAACGACUGAGCGAGUAGUUUGUGUGUGUGCAUGUUAUCAGAAGUGCUAAAGAUCAACGUCUGAUUCAGAGUCGUCUCAACAAACAGACUUGCAUUGAGCCAAACCCUCUCACUUGCCUCAUCGUCCUCGAGAACACUAACUGGCUUUUAACAAUCCAUUCACUAAAACAAACCUGAAGUCUUAACUUAAGUUCCCACAUGUUAAGGUCUGCUGAAGGGUCAUACGGUGGCCAAACGUGAUGAUAUUCAGCCUCCUACAUUUCUGCUCAUCCUGCUCAAACACACAUUGGAUCCUCAGUUUAAAGUUAUUUGUAACCGUAGAUGCAUCAUUCUUACUGUCCACUGCAACAGCUGGGAAAAAAAAACAGCUGCGGUCCUAAAACGACCAAAUGCACCAGUGUUGUAGCACUGAGCGUACUUUAUUUAACUGGGUUACAUUAGAGGAACACUAAUUAAGAUUUCUGUGUAUGGCUUUAUUGGACAAUUUAAAAUGCUCUCAAUUUUUUUUAACAUUUCUGCAAAAUACAGUAAGACUGUUCAGUUUAGAUACGCAUGCUAUUUUUAUACUGUACUUAUAUGUAUGUGCUGUAUAUUAUCUCAGACACUGUCCUACUUGUACAUACCCAUCCUCACAAAAUGGUCUGAAUGAUGAUGAUUUUUAUGUUUUGAUACCACAUAUAUGCAAUGCCAAAUAUGUUGAUAAGCGAUACUGAGAAAUUAAUAUUCAGAAAUUAUAUCUAAUUAUUAUCCCUUGCCAAUUACUCUGAAAUCUGUUUUAAAGGUUUGCUUUUGGUUUGAGGUGCAUCGCAGGGUUAAUCUGACUAAAUAUUAAAGUUGCUGUAAUUGUUUGUCAUUUGUUUUGAGGGCUGCGGUGGCUUCGGGUUCUUCCCGCAGCCAUUUUCAAAAAAUAAAAAUGUUUCAAAUGUCA